GAGAAAACGAGAAAGGAUUGUGAGCUGCAGGAACAGAGGAACAGCUACAUAUAUCUACUUGGGCAAAUAGUCCAGCACACGGUGUAAUCCAUCUCUACUCUCCUUUCCUUCUUGCCAUCCCAUCUUGACGUCUUGCUGCGCAUCUACUCAGACUAUUCACACGUACACACAUGUAUAUCGUAUCCAAUUCUUCCACGUAGGACUGCAAAACGCAAUUCAACAAAACGCUCAAGCCAGUCGUUCUCAAAGCAGACACAAAUUGACAUAGAGUACACCUUCCCUUAUCUAAAAACAUAACACGAGAGAACGCCAGAACGCCAAGAACCUCAGGACACUUUGCAUUCGGCCAACGAAUUCAAUCAAUAGAAGUGGUCGCGAGUCGAUUUUUUUUGGAAAGCUCGAGUAAGGCCUUAGGAACGGGCUAGUUAUAGUGUCUCAGUAAACUUAUUGUUUAUUUAUUUUUUUUGACUUUCUUGGGUCACUUCGUCAAGCUGGCGUCCUCCGGUCUUUCUUCUUUGAAAUCCUCCCACCAACAUCAUCGAAAACGGUCAUCAAUACACAUAAAGACGGGAAUUGAGCCUGAAGAACGAACUUCCUCCCAUACCUCCACCCGGGUGUUAUCACCUAUACCUGGAACACCGAUUGGUUCAAUGUCACUAUCGCGAAGUCCAUCUCCAAGACCUGGAGGAGGAUGGGCUAGUCCAGGCCUUUCAAGCCCUUAUGCCAAUGUCAGUGGAAGAUCCAGCCCAAAUAAAAUGCAAAGGACAGGCGGAAAUGGAGGUUCGGUGACUUGGGAGUCUGCGAGAGCAAAGAGCGAGGAAGUCAAUGGUUAUCCUUCAUUUUCAACCAAAAACAAUGGCUUCUUCAAUCGACACAUCAGAAAUAUAUCAAACAGUCUGCCGCAUUUUCACAUGGGAGGCGAUGGCAGUUAUGCGGAAAAAGAGAAAUUGGGGCGCGGACGAUUCUUAGGUUCCUCAAAGCUGGCACGCAUAAGAAACGCUCUUGCGAGAGUCAGUCGCAAGAUGAGGAUGCGAUUUAUGAUUGUUUUGGGGUUUGUAAUGAUGAUAAUUCUUUUCUAUUCUACACCUUUACAUUACUGGUGGCGCCGAGCAACGCAUCUUGGAGGGGGCAAAAAGUUCGUUAUAAUACUGGCAGCAAAUCAAGGAGGUGGAGUUAUGGAGUGGAAGGGACCAAGGGAAUGGGCAAUCGAAAGGGACAGCGUGAAAAACAAACGCAAAUACGCAAACAAAUGGGGAUAUGAAUUGGAGAUCGUGGACAUGAGCACCAAGAAGAGAUACGCACACGAAUGGAGAGAGAGUUGGGAAAAGGUUGACACUAUCCGGAAUUCCCUGAGGAAAUAUCCUGAAGCUGAAUGGUUUUGGUGGCUCGACCUCAACACCUUCAUUAUGGAACCUUCCUACUCCCUCCAAUCCCACAUCUUCAACAGCUUAGCCAAAAACACCUACCGCGAUAUCAAUGAUUACAACCCACUGAACAUAACACACCCUCUCGAAUCUCCCUAUCUAGAUCCCGAAUCGCGUAGCAAAGUCGGAGACGGUCAAACAAGCUCUAUAAACCUUAUAGUUCCACAAGAUUGUUCUGGUUUCAAUCUCGGUUCUUUCUUCGUCAAACGCAGCGCAUGGACUGACCGCCUCCUCGACGUAUGGUGGGACCCUGUCGGCUACGAACAAAAACACAUGGAAUGGGAACAUAAAGAACAAGACGCGCUCGAAUUCUUGUACAUCAACCAACCUUGGAUCCGUCCUCAUACCGCAUUUAUUCCCCAGCGCAAAAUCAACAGUUUCCCACCUGGAGCAUGCUCGGAUAAUGGAAACGAUACGCGCAUUCAUUAUGAUGAACAUGAUCGGGAUUUCUUGGUGAAUAUGGCAGGUUGUGAAUGGGGACGUGAUUGUUGGGGUGAGAUGUACAAUUACAGGGAGUUGAGUAACUUCUUGAACAGAACAUGGUGGGAGAGGUUCAAGGAGGAUCUGGUUAUCAAGGCAUGGCAAAAGAUCAUGGGAAAAUCGAAGCCAAAGGAUGCCGCGAAUGGCAGUUCAUAAGAUUAUGAUCGAAUUCGGAUGGAAGGAUAAUUGGCGGAUGAAUGAGUUUGAACGGGAAUGUCCCAUUACGGUUACGAAAACGAAAAGACAAAAAUCACCCUUUUCUCUGGAUAUACUAUAUUGUCUUUGCGUCAUGAGGAGAUGCAAUUAACACCUUUAAUGAGAGCAUUUGUAACGUGAGUACUGCUAUCUGCCCGUCUGUGGCUAGCGAAUUGGCGUCUGGGUCUUCUUCCUCUUCUAUAGAUUUUAUUUAGGCAUAUGCUUGUCUUUUUAUUCUUCUUCUUCUUCUUCUUCUUCUCUUCACCGGACUGUAUAAUUGUCUGUUGGAAUUGUGAAAAAUUGGUGGGAAUAGAAAAGUUUCUGUGUAUAUUUAUUAUAGAAACACAGCGAAUAUUACCCACUUUUGUUGAUGCUCACCA